GUUCAGCUAUAAAAUGUUUUGUCUGCAACAGUCAUAAAGAUGCAAAUUGUGCUUUGGAUAUGCCACCCGAUAGUCUACUCAAAGACUGUCAGGAGGAUUAUUCAUCACGGGGUCGUGGCAUUUCAACAUAUUGUCGUAAAAUCACACAAAUUAUUGAGUUUUCAGUAAACAAUUUACCCCCCGAUAGCCGUGUCAUACGUACCUGUGGUUUCCAAAAUCAAACUACCAACAACUUUUGCUAUCAACGCGCUGGCUUUGGUGGCCGUCAAGUUGUCUGCUCCUGUGAUACUGAUAAUUGUAAUGCUGCCUCCGGUCUCGGCGUUUCAUCUGUUGCCAUGGCCACAUCAUUAUUUGCUGCAGUAGCUUUAUUGCUGAAAAAUUUUGUUUAAUUUCGUUUUAUUUAAAAUUUUCACAUAUAUAUUAUUAAUUUAAUUUAAUUUAAUUAGUGAUUUUUAUAAUUGUUAUGAUUUUGUUUUUAAAAUAACAUUAUUAUCAUUUGUUGAACAAGUUUUCCUCCCCUCCUCAGCGUUAGUUUUAAGUUUUACUUUCGUUUUUUUAUUAUUAUUAUUUUUUAUGUUAAAAUAUUGGAAUUUUUUAAUUUCUGUUGGAUUUUACAUAAAACUAAAAGGUGAGAAAAUUCUUUUCAUCCAACUGUAGGCAAAGAUUUUACAGAGUAAUUUUGAAUUGAUUUAAUUUUAGAAAAAGAGUUUUAUUAAUAAUACACUGAAAGAAAGUUUUUAAACGUUCGUUAUUCAUUUGCAAAUUUUAAAAAAGUUUAAUACAAAACCACAUUUCUUCUCACAGUGUAUUUAUUCAAAACUCCUGCUACCAUUCUAAACUCAACAAAUAAGCUUUAAAUUGAAAAAUUAACCUAAAAGUUUUAUUACAGAAAAACAAUCUAAAUAAAUAAUAAUGUGCUAAAAUAAAAUGUAAAAUCCUACUUACAAAAUAAACACAAAACGAAAAUACAAAAACUUUAAUAAAUUUAACAUAAAAUACAAUAAAAAAGAAAAUUAUAAAAAAAUAUCUCCCUGAAAGUAUUAAUGAAAAUAAUGAGCAAGAAAUUAAGUGAAAAAAGUACGAAUAUAUUGUAGCCUACCGUUAAAUAUUUUUUGAAUUUAAGUAAAACAAAAAACAAAAACAUAAAAGAUUUUAUUUCCAAAAACCUACAAAUGAACAUUUUUAAAUUUGUUAUUAAUA